AUGCACUCACCGCGGGUGGCCGGUUGGGUCCCCUUGCACGAGGCAAGUUUGGCAGACGUGGCGACGGUGGAUGGCGGCAUGGUUUACCAGGCUGGGAAGGAAUUCCACCUGAAGCCGGUGGUUGCUGAAGCCUAUGGCCAAGAUGUGGGCACUUCCUACUAUGCGGUGGCCGUUGUGAGAGCAAAUUCCACCUUGACCAUCAACAGCCUGAAGGGGGCCAAGUCCUGCCACACAGGCAUCAACAGAACCGUUGGCUGGAACGUCCCUGUUGGCUUCCUGAUUAACAGUGGCCGGAUGUCAGUGAUGGGCUGUGAUGUCACCCAAGCGGUGGGCGAUUAUUUCAGUGCCAGCUGUGUGCCAGGGGCUGGUGGAGGCACGUACCCCACAUCCCUCUGCCAGCUCUGCAAGGGAGACGAAGCCGGCCAGGGCAAGUGUGAGCCAAGCCCCAGAGAGGAGUAUUACGACUACCUGGGUGCCUUCAGGUGUCUGACGGAUGGCAAGGGAGACGUUGCCUUUGUCAAGCACAGCACAGUAGCUGAUGCCACAGAGGGGCAGAAUCGUCCCUCGUGGGCCCACCAGCUGCAGCCGUGGGACUUCCAGCUGCUCUGCCGAGAUGGAAGCAAGGCAGCGAUCACAGCAUGGCGGACUUGUCACCUGGCCCGUGUCCCCGCUCAUGCUGUGGUGGCCAGAGGGGACACUGAUGGGGGCCUGGUCUUUCGGCUGCUCAGCCAGGGGCAGCAAAAGUUUGAUGGCGGGGAUUCCAGUUUCCAGAUGUUCGAUUCGGACGCCUAUGGUGGGAAGAACCUUCUCUUCAAAGACUCGACCACUGAGCUGGUCCCCAUUCUUCAGCAGACUUAUCAAGCCUGGUUGGGAGAUGAAUACCUGCUUGCCAUUCGAGGCUUGGACUGCAACGCGUCCAGUCUGCCAGAAUUUCUGCGCUGGUGUGUCUUGUCUACAGAGGAGAUCAGGAAAUGCAGUGCCAUGGCCAUGGCCUUUCAGAGAAAAAGCUUGAAGCCACAAAUCCAGUGCGUCUCGGCGACGAGUCAAGAGCAGUGCAUGCAGUGGAUCCAGAAAAGAGCCGUUGACGCCGUGACUCUGGCGGGGGAGGAUGUUUACCUAGCUGGGAAGACAUACGGCUUAGCGCUUGCUGCGGGGGAACGCUAUGCAGAUGGGGACUCCACAAGCACGUACUACGCUGUGGCGGUUGUGAGGCGGGCAGCGUCUGAUGCUUUCACAAUCCAUGAGCUGAAGGGGAAAAAGUCCUGCCACACGGGCUAUGGGAGGACAGCCGGGUGGAAGAUCCCUGUGGGCCUCCUGUUGAGAAUGGGACUCAUCCAGCCCCAGGGAUGCAGCAUCCUCAAAGCGGUGAGCUCCUUUUUCUCUGCCAGCUGCAUUCCUGCUGCCAGCCGAGAAGACUACCCAGCCAGCCUGUGCGAGCUCUGCGUGGGUGACGACCGCGGCAACCACAAGUGCGACGCCAGCAGCCAGGAGCGCUACUACGGCUAUGCAGGGGCCUUCAGGUGUUUAGCUGAGAGCCAGGGUGACGUGGCCUUUGUCAAGCACACCUCAGUCUUCGAAAACACAGAUGGGAACAACGCUGAGUCGUGGGCCUCCCAGCUCCAGUCUGAGGACUUCCAGCUCUUGUGCCCAAAUGGUGCCCGGGCUGAAGUGGGCCAAUUCGCCGAGUGCCACUGGGGCCGGGUGCCUGCUCGGGCGGUCAUGGUCCACCCGGACAGCAGUGCUUUGGCUGUGUACGGACUUCUGGACAAAGCUCAGGAUUUCUUUGGUGAUGACAACAACACUUACGGAUUUAAAAUGUUCAGUUCUACGGACUUCGAAGGGCAAGAUUUAAUCUUCAAGGAUUCCACCACUGCAAUUGUGCCCGUUGGGGAAAGAACAACUUUCAAAUCCUGGUUGGGGCAGCAGUUCCUGGAGUCUCUGGAAGGGCUGGGGUCUUACCAAUGCUCGGGAGCAGAUAAUGCUCUAGCUGUCAAGUCUACGAACACCUUCCUGCUGCUGAUGUGUCUUGGCCUUGUUCGGUUCUACUCUUCAUGAUCCAUCAGCUGGGCACCAACCUGCAACAAAGCAAAAUACAGUUGUGGGACCUAAUAUCAUGGACAACCAUCAGGAAACAAGCAAACCAGUGAGGAAUGCUGGCUGUCCUCCCUUCCAGUCAUCACUCAGUGCCUGGAUUUCUGCUGACCGAGCUCAUCACACCCCCCCCCCCCCCCGGGAACAGGGAUUUGCUCCAAGUUCCCCGAGUGGCACCAACUGUGCCACUGCUGGUCUUGGUGCACUGGGAGAGGCACUGUGUGCGCGACCGCCGCUCGCUUGCAUGGGGUGCGGCCCUUUCUGCACCAGAUGAGCAUCACCAUUGUCUUUAGCUGCCCUGAGCUUUCUAUCAAGGAUUAAAAAGUGGGGGUCGCCCUCGAG